CCGCGCGUUUCCGCGUCCCCCGCCCGGCCCGGCCCGGCCCGGCCCCGCCGCCACACACAGCACCGGCACCGGCACCGGCCCGGGGCCGGCCCCGGCAGCGCCCGCAGCAUGUCCCGCGUGCCCGUGGGGAAGGUGCUGCUGCGCAACGUCAUCCGCCACACCGGAGCGCACAACAAGCUUCAGGAAGAGACAGAAAUGUGGAAAAUCAGGGAGUGGGAGAAGCAGACAGAAGAGACUUACUGGAAAAGGCAGAGCAGAAUGCUGUCAGACACCUCCAGCAGCCGCAUGCGCAGCGAUGGCUUCGACGACGAGGGGCACAGGGCAGACUGGAAAUCCAGGAACCCUCAGCUCCUCGACCUGGUGGAAGAUGAUCUCCUCAGGGCCAGAUCCUGGAAUAAAAAGCUGUACGAAUGUGAAGCCAACAUGCCAGACAGGUGGGGGCACAGCGGAUACAAAGAGUUGUACCCUGAAGAGUUUGACACUGACAGUGAUCAGCAGGAAGGAGAUGAGCAAAAUGCUGUCAAUGGGAAGAAGAGAUCCCACCUGGGGAAGCAAACAGCCCGUGAGUCCCACAAAAGGAAAAAAACCAAGAAAUCCCACAAGAAGAAGCAAAAAAAGCGCUCACACAAAAAGAGGAAGAAAAAGAAAAAGGAACAGGAGAGAAGUUCCACAGAUUCCUCCCGGGAGGAGAGCGAGGGCUCAGGAGAGGAGGCCCCGAGCACCCGGAAAGGAAAACACAAGCGCAAGAAAAAGCCCAGGAAAGUGCCUGCCAAGGAACCUACCUCUUCUUCUGGGCAGGAGAGUGACUUUUGCCAUGCAAGCAGCUCCAGCACCAGCAGCUCUGAGGACACUGAAUCCGAGGGGAAAAAGGAGAAGCGGCCCCCGAGGAAGAGAAAGAAGCGGCACGGCUCCGUGCCCGAGAGGCCGAGCGAGGUGCCAGAGAAGAGGAGCAAGAGGAAGAACUGGAAGGUGGCGGGGGAUGAGAAAUCUGAGGACAGCUCUGAUGAGGACUGAGGGGUCUGGCUGCAGCUCAGAGCAGGAGGGGAGGACAGAGGCAGGUCUUUGUCACUCAGCACUGCUCCUAUUCUGGUUUACACGCACGCUGCCAGCCCGCACGGAGCAGCGAGCCUCGGG